UGCCUAGGGUGGAGAGCAAGCGAUAGACACGAGAGAGAGAAUGAAAAAAACUGCGUAGCGAACAGUUAGAAAGAGACCGGAGAGGUUCAUUUUCUGGGUCGUACGUACGUUGCGGAGCUUUACCUUACUUUUAUGCAAAAAGACAACUCAACUGAUCGUCCCGUCAAGGUUUGGGGUGCUCCUCUUCAUAAUAUCCUGCUAUUACAUGGUAGCAAAGACCUGAAGACAAGAGGGUGUGUAAGAUGGCAGUGUGGAUCCAGGCCCAGCAGCUCCAGGGGGAUGCGCUGCACCAGAUGCAGUCUCUCUAUGGACAGCACUUCCCCAUCGAGGUGCGCCAUUACCUGUCCCAGUGGCUCGAGGGCCAACUCUGGGAUGUGAUCGAUCUGGAGAACCCCCAGGAGGAGUUUAAGGCCAAGCGUCUGCUGGACAGCCUGAUCCAGGAGCUGCAGACCAAGGCUGAGCAUCAGGUGGGAGAGGACGGCUUCCUGCUCAAGAUCAAACUGGGACACUACGCCAGCCAGCUCAAGAGCACGUAUGACCGCUGCCCUCUGGAGCUGGUGAGAUGCAUCAAACACAUCCUGUACACGGAGCAGAGGCUAGUCCGAGAGGCCUCUAAUUCGAGCUCCCCAGUGGGCGGGAUGAUGGACAGCAUGUCCCAGAAGUAUCAGCAGAUCAACCAGGCAUUCGAGGAGCUGCGCCUGCUGACCCAGGACACAGAGAACGACCUGAGAAAGCUCCAGCACAACCAGGAGUACUUCAUCAUCCAGUACCAGGAGAGCCUCCGCAUCCAGGCCCAGUUGACCAGCCUGGCCACACUGCCCCCUGCUGACAGACAGCUGAGGGAGCCCACAUUACUGAGCAAGAGAGCCACCGUGGAGGCCUGGCUCACCCGGGAGGCCAACACACUACAGAAAUACAGACUGGACCUGGCAGAGAAGCACCAGAAGAGCCUGCAGCUGCUGAGGAAGCAGCAGACCAUUAUCCUGGAUGACGAGCUGAUCCACUGGAAGAGACGGCAACAGCUGGCCGGCAACGGGGGUCCUCCAGAGGGGGGGCUGGACAUCCUGCAGUCCUGGUGUGAGAAGUUGGCAGAGACGAUCUGGCAGAACAGGCAGCAGAUCAGGAGAGCAGAACACCUGAGACAACAGCUUCCCAUCCCCGGCCCCAUCGAGGAGCUACUGAACGACCUCAACAGCACCAUCACAGACAUCAUCUCAGCACUGGUCACCAGCACCUUUAUCAUAGAGAAGCAGCCUCCCCAGGUGCUGAAAACCCAGACCAAGUUUGUCGCCACAGUGCGUCUCCUAGUGGGCGGGAAGCUCAAUGUGCACAUGAACCCCCCGCAGGUCAAGGCCACCAUCAUCAGUGAACAGCAGGCGAAGGCCUUGCUCAAGAACGAGAACACCAGGAAUGACAGCAGUGGAGAGAUCCUUAACAACAACUGUGUGAUGGAGUACCACCAGGCCACAGGAACACUCAGCGCCAACUUCAGGAACAUGUCUUUGAAGAGGAUCAAGCGCUCGGACCGGCGAGGCGCGGAGUCUGUGACAGAGGAGAAGUUUACCAUUCUGUUUGAGUCUCAGUUUAGCGUCGGGGGUAAUGAGCUGGUUUUUCAGGUUAAGACGUUAUCACUUCCUGUGGUGGUGAUCGUCCACGGUAGCCAAGACAAUAACGCCACAGCAACAGUACUGUGGGACAACGCUUUUGCCGAACCCGGUCGAGUGCCCUUCAUAGUGCCUGAAAAGGUGCUGUGGCCCCAGCUGUGUGAGGCCCUCAACAUGAAGUACAAGGCGGAGGUGCAGAGUAACCGUGGCCUCUCAGAGGAGAACCUGGUCUUCCUGGCCCAGAAAGCCUUCAGUAGCGCUAGCAUCAACCCUGAUGACUACCGCGGCAUGACCAUGACCUGGUCCCAGUUCAACAGGGAGAGUCUGCCUGGCAGGAAUUUCACGUUCUGGCAGUGGUUUGAUGGGGUCAUGGAACUCACCAAAAAACAUCUCAAACCACACUGGAAUGAUGGGGCGAUCCUGGGAUUUGUGAACAAGCAGCAGGCCCAGGACAUGUUGAUGUCCAAACCCAACGGGACCUUCCUGCUCCGCUUCAGCGACUCUGAGAUCGGAGGGAUCACUAUCGCCUGGGUGGCUGAGAAUCCCAACAAACCAGGGGAGAGGAUGGUGUGGAACCUCAUGCCCUACACAGCCAAAGACUUCUCCAUCCGCUCUUUGGCUGACCGCAUCAGUGACCUCAACCACCUCCUGUUCCUCUACCCAGACAGACCCAAGGAUGAGGUCUUCUCCAAAUACUACACACCACCCCUGUCCAAAGCAGUGGAUGGAUACGUGAAACCGCAGAUCAAACAAGUGGUACCAGAGUUCACCACGACCAAUCCUGACCCAGCAGCAAACCCCACCUACAUGGAUCACGGAGCCUCCCCUGUUGUCAGUCACCCUCCAAACUACGGCAUAUACCCGCCUAUGAGUGACUCCAUGUUAGAUGCGGAUGGUGACUUUGACCUGGAUGACACCAUGGACGUGGCGCGACACGUUGAGGAGCUGCUGCGGCGACCGAUGGAGAGCCAAUGGAGCGGCCAGCAGUCGUGACCCUCAAUCUCUGACCCCUGACACCAACAAAAGAACCCCGCACCUUUUGACAUUUCUGAUGGUUUAAUUCCAUUAAUUUCCUCCUGUUUUAAUUCAGAUAGCUUUAAUGUGAAAUGUUAAUAAUAUUUGUGAUUGUUUUUUAGUUUUUUCUUCUCAGCAAGCAAAAUGCAUGUCAGUGACCUUUUUUCAGUUUGUCUCUGUACGUAUCUGUAAAACAGACUAGGUAUAAAUGCAAAAAACGACAAUGUUACGGUAUUGUAUAAAAAAGAAAAGUCUUUCAAUUCACGUAUGUAUUUUCAUUUGGUCAUAAUUCUAACAAAGAUUUUUAAAGAGCACUCUCUACAACCGGUAUGAAGUCAUUUAAACAGUUUGUUUAAAUGUUUUUGUUUAGUUAUUUUAUUAUUGUAAAUGGUUUAUCAACAGAGUUUUUUAAUUCAAUCCGCCCUCUGCCAAAAAAGAGAAAAACUUAAAUGAAGAAUUUGUUGUUAUUGACAACAUCAUCGGAUUUGUUGCUGAGGGUAGUUUCAAGUAGUAGUAUAAUAAUUCUGAAUCUUUACACACUAAACUCCAAGCAGAAUGGCUCUCAUUUCAUUCUCAGAGCACACUGAGUAUCUAUGUCACACACACACGCACGCACACAAGGAUGCAUCACACACACACACACAUGCACACACUGUUGCAUAACAUACAUCAGCUCCAGCUGAAACUUGGGGACUUUGGGCCCCCUCUACACUCACAGCGAUAUUUUAGUUUCCUGUAUUUGCACACAGAUGUAAUGUAAAUACAAGCAUGUAUCCAGCAUGGCCACUCAGGUCUCUGGACAGCCCAUAGAGAUAGAUAGAGGACUCAUCAUUAAUAUAACCCGUUUUUAACAUGGCCAUUGCCAUUGAGGUCUUCCACCAUUUUAAAGUUGUCAACUGGGUGGGGAUUCCUAUGGGUUGUACUACUUUAGUACCUCAACGGUGCUGCUCAUGCUGUUACACAGACGCUUUAAUGGCACAGAUACAAAGAUGAGUCCUCUAUCUAUCUCCCCUCCAUACCCCUGUAGAUGAUGUAUGUGCCAUCAACGCUACCUCUCAUUACCACUCUGUCUGUCUGUCUGUCUGUCUGUCUGUCUGUCUGUCUGUCUGUCUGUCUGUCUGUCUGUCUGUCUGUCUGUCUGUCUGUCUGUCUGUCUGUCUGUCUGUCUGUCUGUCUGUCUGUCUGUCUGUCUGUCUGUGUCUGUCCGGUGUUUUAAACAACUCAUUUGGUCAUGUCUUGUUAUUGGUUGUGACGUCUAGUGUUAACAAUCUAUUUGGGGAGCUGUUUGGAUGUGUGUAGGGGAGCUGAGGUCACUGGGGUGUGUGUGGAGGUUGGGGUUUAGUUGGGGGAUCUGUAGGAAAGUCCAUUGCUAGGACUGAUGGUAGAAGAGUCUCUAUACUGGGUCCUUAUUGGCUUAGUAUUGUGCAUCUGCUGAAGUACACUAACUACUCGAUCCAUAGCCUGAGAUGACUAGUGGAGAUCUAAUUCAACUCAUUUUACCAAUGUGGCAGAGAUGCAUUUUUUGAAGAUUUAAAGCUAAUUCCCUGCAAUGCUACCAGUUUUGCCAUGGGGUGGAGAUACAUUUUUGCAGUUCUAAAGCAAAUUUCCUGUAAUUCUACACAUUUUGCCAUUACUUAUGUCAUGUUAAUGAUAUCUGAGUGAGUGUGACUAGCUAGACUAACUUGCCACUGUAAGCUGUUAGCUGACAUGGCUAAUUAAGUGACUGUCAGUGACAAAACAGGAGAAAAACGUCUGAUGCACAACCACAUUUCGAACCUUCACCUUCUAACUUUCAACAGUAAAUUUAGACCCCAACUGAGUUUUUUUUAAAACGGCCCGGACCCUAAGCGACCGCUUAUAUCGCUAAUGUCUUGAGCCAGCCCUGAUGGUACUCCUGUCUGUCUAUCUCUGCCUGUUUUUUCUCUCUCUGUCUAUCUCUGUCCGUAAGCCUGUCUCCUGUUUUCUGUUAUUACUGAUCACUGUUGCUAAAUCUGCAUGUGCAUGUCUGUCUCUGUGUGAUAUAACAUAAAACAUCAACUGACAACCUGAGGUACAGAUAUAUAGCUAUGUGUGCAGACAAUAUGAGGCGCUUGAACACUUGACUCAUCAGUCCUGAGCAUGAAGGCCAUUGCUACCAUAAAGUUUGGGAUAUUUUGGCACUGGCUCACUCCCUGUCUUUCAUCCAAGAUGUUGUAGUGGGUCUGUCUCCAUAUAGUCCCAGCAGGAUUCGUCUGCCAUAGUACACCUUAGCUACCGCAGUUUAACAAAGCAUCUAACGAUAGAUCCACUUGUUGCCGUGGCUACGCUGUUCUCCCCCCACACUCCCCCCACAUACACACACACACACACACUUCUGAACCAUUGGGCAAUAUCAUGACGACAGCAACACCACACAACCCCCACAGUCAUAUUACACACACACACACACAAACACACACACACACACACACACACGACCCAUCCCCUCUAUUCAUAAGCUCUGCCCUCUCAGGAAUGAAGCCCUAUGCUUGGUUGAUGUAUCAUAAAAUGAAAAAAAGACAAAUAGAGUCUCUGUCUAUCAGUGGAGGCUGGUGGGAGGAGCUAUAGGAGGAUGGGCUUAUUGUAAUGGCUGGAAUGGAAUUAAUGGAACGGAGUCAAACAUGUUGUUUCCAUAUGUUCGAUGUGUUUUGAUACAGUUCCAUUGAUUCCGUUUCAGCCCUUACAAUGAGCCCAUCCUCCUAUAGCUCCUCCCACCAGCCUCCUCUGCUAUCUAUAUACAGCAUAUAUGAAUUUAUUUUCUGUACCAUAAUUCUAUUUUAUUACGGUAUACUGUAUGUCUGUGGCACGCCCCUCUGAAUGUAAUCCCAUUGCAUGACCUGAGGAGGGUGUACGUAUAACAUGGCAGCCACUGCAACCUCUUAGGUUUCAUCAGAAGUUUCUGAAAAAAGCCAUAUUGCAAAACAGGAAUCAGAAGAAUGUUGCUUUUGUGUUUGUCCAGCUGACAUUAUUUAGUCUUUUCCUAUCUUUGUUUCUUUCAUUUUUCCCGGUCAAAACAGCUAGUUUUUUCUUUUGUAGUUCUUGAUUUCACUGAUGUUUUUUGAAGAGUCAAAGCUACAUGGGAAUUCUUGUGACGUUUCAUUUAAAAAAAACAUUAUUCUAAUCAUUUCAAACUUGGAUCUUUGCUUCACCUUAGUUAAUCUAUGUACUCUGGAAGCUGUAUAUGAGGCUGUGUUCUGUUCAGUGUUAGUUCCACGUUUGUGGUUGGGUUUUAGCACUUCGGUUGUGUUUAAAAAAAAAAAAAUGCAAUUGAAGAAGAAAGUUUUAUAAAUAAUUUCAACAGUAACAUGUAUAAUGAAAAAUAAGUUGUGACUGAAUAAAUGUAAUGGUUUAUUUGUUCACA